AAUGGCAUUUGAAGAGCUUAAGAUAAGAAGCUUCGACGGCAAAAUCGACAGAGAACGCAUCGAGGAUUUCGAACGGACGUGCGAAGUAGGUCCGGCGGAGAGUGUCUUCCUCUUCACAGACACCAUGGGUGACCCUAUUUGUAGGAUUCGUAACAGCCCACAAUACAAAAUGCUGGUUGCCGAGUUGGAUCAUGAGUUGGUAGGUGUCAUUCAAGGUUCCAUAAAGAUAGUAACAGUUUCUAGCCUCGUUAAGGAUCAAGCUCGGGUCGGGUACAUACUAGGACUCCGAAUUGCUCCUUCUCACCGGAGAAAGGGAAUUGGUUUGAGCUUAGUUAAACGUCUUGAAGAAUGGUUCGUUGCCAACCAUGUCGAUUUCGCUUACAUGGCCACCGACAAAGAUAAUCAAGCCUCAGUGAAGCUAUUCACAAACAAACUCGGGUACGUUAAGUUCCGGACUCCGGCCAUAUUAGUCCACCCGGUGGGUAUGAGAAGGAUCCGAAUCUCACCAACGGUCGAGAUUUCAAAGCUCAAGAUAGAAGAUGCUGAGCUUCUCUACAGAAUGUUCAUGGGCUCUACUGAAUUCUUUCCCAAUGACAUCGACCGAGUUUUAAGAAAUAAACUGAGUUUGGGAACUUGGGUUGCAUACCCACGAGGUGAGUCAUGGGGGGAUAUCAACUCGGGUCAAUUCCCAACCAAUUGGGCCAUGCUUAGUGUAUGGAACAGUGGAGAUUUGUUCAAACUGAAGGUAGGCAAAGCACCUUUAUCAUGUCUCAUGUAUGCCAAGAGCUCGAGAUUGAUCGAUAAAGCGUUCCCGUGGUUGAAAAUUCCGGUGUUCCCUGAUGUGUUCCGGCCAUUUGGGUUCUAUUUCAUGUAUGGGUUGCACCAUCAAGGGCCGAAAUCAGGUGGGCUGGUUCGUUCUUUGUGCAGGUUCGUUCAUAACAUGGCUAAGGAGUUGGAAGAGGAUUGUAAAGUAAUUGUGACGGAAGUUGGAGGUCAUGAUACACUAAGACUUCACAUCCCACAUUGGAAGUUGUUGUCCUGCGCAGAGGACUUUUGGUGUAUAAAGGUGUUAAGGAAAGAAGCAGAAGAUAGCAUGUUCGAAUUAACAAAAACACCAGCCAGUAGAGCCCUUUUCGUCGACCCCAGAGAGGUAUGAAACAAAGUUUUCCUCAAAGGGUCCCUAGUCCAGUC